CCUUGCUCCCUAGCGCCGCGUUUGAUUGGUGGUCAUCUCCGGCGUGCUCGCUUUCUCGUGGAUGGAUUAGUCGGUCUGUCAGUGCCAGCGUAUUCUGCUGCUGUGUUUCCGGCUAAGUGCGCUGAUUCGUCGGGUUGUAAGAAGCAGCCGCAGGCAUGGGGCUAUCUAUGUCCCUGAGCUCCGAGUCCCUGGAGGGGGGCACCGAGGGAUACCAUGUGCAUGGGAUCCAGGAGAAUUCGCCGGCGCAGAGAGCAGGACUCGAGCCCUUUUUUGACUUCAUCAUUGCGAUUGGUCACGCGAGGCUGAAUAAAGAGAACAGUAUGUUCAAAGACCUCCUCAAAGCCAACGCGGAGAAGCCUGUGAAGCUGGAGGUGUACAACACAAAGAACAUGAAAGUGCGGGAGGUGGAAGUGACCCCCAGUAACAUGUGGGGAGGGCAGGGGCUCCUGGGGGCCAGCGUUCGCUUCUGCAGCUUCCAAGGUGCCAACGAGCAUGUGUGGCACAUACUGGAUGUGGAGCCCAAUUCCCCCGCUGCCCUGGCAGGUCUGCACCCCCACAUUGACUACAUCGUGGGCUCGGAUCAGAUUCUACAGGAGUCGGAGGAUUUUUAUGCUUUAGUGGAGUCCCACGAAGGGAAACCCCUGAAACUGCUGGUGUACAACACGGAGACCGACUCCUGCCGAGAGGUGUUUGUGACCCCCAAUAGUGCCUGGGGCGGGGAAGGAAGCUUGGGAUGCGGUAUAGGGUAUGGAUAUCUGCACAGGAUCCCCUUAAAGGCUGCACCUCCACUGAAAGACCCAGAGAUAACACCCCUUUCCCCUUUAACACCUACAGAGGAACCUGUGGUGCCUCCUACUAAUGGAUAUAGGGAGACUCCCCUGGUGGUGGCCGAGGGACAGAUUGAUGCUGCAGAGUUGGCCAUUAACUUACCUGACAGCGCAGAGCACGUGGCCCUUGGGAACCCGGCUGAAAGUUCACUUGUUCUUCCCCCGCCUGUCCAGAGAGUCCUGCAUCCAGGGGUUCUUGAUCCCUCCACGUUGUCGAUGGCAGAAAUUCCAGACAUAAAGAAGCUGAUUGAUACGGCGUCACCAGAAUCCAUGGAUGCGGGCGCAGAGCUCACUGGCACCAAGCCGUUCAUGGGUGCGGAGGAGCUGGAGGCUUUUAUGGGACAAGUCGGCUUCUCAGACGGUGCAGUUGUAGAGAGCCUGGCCAGUCAUCCAGCUGCAGAAAGCCUACUUGCCCCCAGCGACCACUUUCCCCCUCACGUUGGCCUCGGGGAUGUGACUUCGGAAACGACUCUCUUAAAGGAACAGUCACCUGAAGUGAGUGAUGCAGCAGCGCCCCCUGAAGGGGACUUGACACCCCCUGAGCAAUCGGUCACAUCCAAAGAAGAAACAAUGGAAGAAUAAAAGGCAGCCAAUCAAUCUCUUACCCCAAAUAUUAACUCUUUCACUUUCCAGAGUGCCCUGCGCCGCUCACUCCACUCGCAGUGACGGAUUUACAUUUUUAUCAUGUUUUUUUUUUUUUUUUUAAAUCUUUAAAAAAAAAAAAAAAGAGCAGUUAAGCUUUUUUUAAUAUAAAGAACUUGUUUUAAUGAUUAAGAUAAUUAUCGCGGUUACGGUAUUUGGCCUCAAGUGGCAGUGAUACUGAUUUAUUACUAUGGCAACAGCAGGGAAUGUACCGUACCCCCCCAAAACAUGGUUUUCUAUAAAUGUAUUAUAGAUCCUAUAGAAUAAGGUACAAUAACCCUGACUGUGCCCCGGCUGCUUUCACUGACACUACGGGGUUUUGUGGGUUUCUGGGGAUUCUCUUUUGUAUGUUUGUUUAGGAACAUAAUUCUGGUUUUAUUUAGCUCGUUAACAGGGACCGGAGCUGCAACGUUUUCAUUAUGGAGAAUGGUCAUUAGCUUUGGCUGUUACUUGAUUGGGGGGCUCUUAUAUUUUUGGGGAUACCCGAGUGGUAGAUGUUUGGGCAUUUUGAUUGUAAUCGAAAAUAAAAGGUGGUGGGGGCA